AUGAUGCUGCCGUUGCUGUUGGUCGCCACACUCUCUUCUACGGUUUCUGCUGAUUGUCCGCUUGGAUCAAUUUCACAUCCGGAAUUUGGAAGAUGCUAUAAGUUUGUGAACGAUCGUCAACCGUUCUACUUAGCUGAAGAGUCAUGCCAGGCGAUCGGUGGCCAUCUGGUUUCCGUGGAGAACGGCUUCGAGAACGCAAUGUUGGCUGAAACGGCCUCGUCACAAAACAUCCGUGGCCCGUUCUAUAUUGGAUACAAUCGCAUGCUGACUAAUAACUGGUCGUGGAUUGAUGGCUACAACGCCACUUCGUUCACAAACUGGGGAGCAGGUAGGUCAUUAUAA